UUAGUUAAACAAGCUUGUAACUCCCCGAUCCAUGGCGUGCCUCAGCACUCAGAGAGGCUCUUCAUCUUCCUCUUCAACACUUCGAUGGAGAUACGAUGUUUUUCUCAGUUUCUACGGUGAAGACACCCGCAAUAGUUUUACAGAUCAUCUACAUGCUCUUUUAAAACAGAAAGGCAUUAUCGUGUUUAGAGACGAUGAAAAGCUUGAGAGAGGAAAAUAUAUUUCUGAUGAGCUCUUAAAAGCAAUUCAAGAAUCCAUGUACGCGAUCGUCGCCAUCUUUAAAAAUUAUGCUUUCUCUAAAUGGUGCCUCAUUGAACUUGCCCAGAUGGUUGAAUGCAUGAGAGAUACGGGGCUCACAAUUUUGCCCAUUUUUUACCAUGUGCAUCCUUCCCACGUAGGAAAACAGACGGGGAGUUUUGCAGAAGCUUUUGCUAGCCAUGAAAAAGAUCCCAAGGUUGACAUUGGCAAGAUCCAAAAGUGGAGAGCUACUUUGAGAGACGUGGGUAAAAUUUCUGGAUGGCAUGUACAACAAGACACGCCUAAAUCAAUAGUUGUCGAAGAAAUUAGUAGAAAGAUACUUGGUGGAUUGUGUCCUAACUUCUUAAAUGUUUCCAAGGAUUUUGUUGGAGGAGAAUCCCGUGUCGAGGAAGUGAUGACCUUACUUAGUAAAAGAUUGGAUGAUGUUCAAUUUUUAGGGAUUUAUGGGAUGGGUGGCAUUGGGAAGACAAGUCUGUCAAAAGCUAUUUAUGAAAGAAUUUCUUAUCAAUUUGAAGCUAGUUGCUUUAUGACUGGUAUUAGAGAACUAAGCAGAAGUACUACUCAUGGUCUAGUUUAUCUUAAAAAAGAACUUAUUUUUGAGAUCCUUGCGGAAGGGGAAAUGAGUAUACUGAAUGACCAUAGGUUAAGCAAAGUGAUAAAGAACAAUCUACGCACUAAAAAGGUUUUUAUUGUUCUUGACGAUGUGGAUAGAGAAGAACAACUAGAAGCAUUAGCCGGGAGCAAAGGUUGGUUUGGCAAAGGGAGUAGAAUCAUUAUAACAAGCAGAGAUCGUCAUUUGCUGAAUAGAUAUGUGGAUGAUACCUAUGAGGUUGAGGUGCUGAAUAAUGCUGAAGCUUUACAGCUCUUUAGUUGGAAAGCCUUCAAGAAACCCCAUCCUGAAGAAAAUUAUGUUAAAUUGUCUAAGGAUGUUGUGAGUUACGCUCAAGGCCUUCCUUUAGCUCUUGAAGUUUUUGGUUCCUACUUAUAUGGUAGAAGAAUUGAGUUUUGGAUAAGUGCCAGGGAUCAACUAAAAGAAAAGCCAAAAGCAAAAAUUUUAGAUAAACUUAAAAUAAGUUUUAAUGGAUUGGAGGAGGAUUCGGAGAAACAAUUGUUUUUAGAUAUUGCAUGUUUCUUUAUUGGAAAACAUAGAGAUAGCAUAAGACAUUACUAUUCGGACAACGAUAUGGAUGUUCUUGUGGACAAAUCUCUUUUAACAAUCUCAUGGCAAGGAUUAUGGAUGCAUGAUUUGUUACGAAAAAUGGGUCAGCAAAUAGUUGAUUGUGUGUCUGCUGAGGAGCCUGGCAAACGCAGUAGAGUGUGGCGUUACGAGGAUGUGCUUCACGUAUUGAAAAACAAUACAGGAACUGAUGCGGUCAAAGGCAUUGUCCUACAUUUACCUUUUUGGAAAAAUGAGCGACUAAAUGUUGAAGCCUUCUCAAAGAUGAAAAAUUUGAAAAUUCUUGACAUUACAACCAAAGAUUAUUUUGCAGACCUUUAUUAUAUUUGUGAUAGUACACGCAUGCACACUACUCUAGAAUGGCAUUUAUGUGUUAUGAAAAUGCCGAAAUAUCCUUUUGAAUCCUUGCCGAUCAAUUUCCAACCAAACAAUCUUGUUGAGCUCACUAUGCUUCACAGCUGCAUCAAACAACUGUGGGAUGGAAGAAAGAGUUUUAACAAAUUGAAACGUAUUAACCUGAGUUACUCUAAAAACUUGAUCGAGACACCAGACUUUAGCGGAAUCCCAAAUCUUGAGAUACUAAACCUUAAACAUUGUACAAGUUUGUCUAAGGUCCACCCAUCUAUUGGAUUUCUAACAAAGCUUAAAUGGUUGGAUCUAGAAUAUUGCGAAAGUCUUGAGAGUGUUGCAGACGAGAUCAAAUCGAAAUCUCUUGAAUAUCUUGAUCUUUCUAAUUGUUCAAGACUCAACAAGUUGCCAGAUUUUGUGGAUAAUUUGACAACUUUGGAUUAUCUUCAUUUGGGCGGGACUGCCAUAAAAGAGUUAUCAUUAUCAUUUACGAGUUUGUCGUCUCUUAAAUAUCUUUAUAUAUCUAAUUGCUCGAGACCAAAGAAAUUCCCAGAGGACCUCAUCAGUGGUUUGGAAUGUCAAACGCACCUUUGGGUUGCUGGAAGUGGCUCAGAUCUCAUCAGUAUUUUGAUGCCUAAUUCGUUCUCAAGUUUAAGCUCUUUAACAGAUCUACAACUUAGUAAUUGCAAUCUAUCAGAUGGAGCAAUCCCCAAUGAUCUUUGCUGCUUAUCCUCACUUCUUGAUUUAAAUCUGUCUGGGAGCAAAUUUACGAGGAUACCAGACAUCUGGCAGCUUUCUAAGCUUGACGAGCUAGAUUUGAGUCACUGCAACCUGUUGGAUGGAGUGAUUCCCAAUGAUCUAAGUGGCAUAGCCUCACUUUCAGUUUUAAAGCUAAGCGGGAACAACUUUACGAGACUGCCAGAUAGUGUGGCUCAACUUUCCCGUCUUUGUGAACUUGACUUAGACGAUUGUAGUCGGCUUCAAGAAUUGCCGAAGCUUCCAUUAGAAUUAAAACAAUUGUAUAUAAAAGCUUGUCCAUUGCUUAAGAUGUUUUAUGACCAAAUGGACGUGUGGACUUCAAAUGAAAUAUUAAGGAGCACUGAUUGCUCUUUUGUGGCCGCUUAUAUUGAUUGUGACAGCAAACCCUUCAAGACCCUAUAUCUGCAUCCACGAAGUCCUUUAUGGAUUGAGAGCAAUGUUGAGGAAGAUAUUGCUAACGAGUUAGAAUGUGGCCUUGCGCUGCUGGGAUCAGGAAUCCCAGAGUGGUUCAACGAUAAAAGCACUAAUUCAUCUGGAACAAUUCAAAUGCAUACAGAUUUGGGCUCAGAUGAGGAUGAGUGGGAUGAGUGGGAUGAGUGGAAGGGGUAUGCUCUUUUUAUUGUUUAUGAAUUUCAUGUGCCUGACAGCAACAGAAAAAAACAAAAGGUCCAUGAGCAUGGGAAUUCUAAUUCUAGAAUAUUUGAUGGCGGCAAUCCUAAUUUUCCUUACUUUGUUUGUCAAUUUCAAGCCAAUGAAGUUGAUCUUGGAGAACCCUUAGUCCUUUGUGACCAUAGAGUCCCUUCUGUUAAGCCAAGUGGAUUUUGGGUGUAUAUACCAGCUAGGUGGUUCAGGAAUCGUUUCGAUGGUGGAUGGAGCAACCUUGAGGCUUCAAUUACAACAAGCAGCCUGAAUGUAGAGGUAAAGGAGUGUAGGGCGCGUGUAGUACAUGAGCAUGAUACUUCAAAGUUCUAUCAAGUUCUCAACAGAAUUUCUCCAAGUGGUUUGGAUUCAGAAAGUGGUUGGAAUUUUUUUUUAUAUUUGACCAAUGAUUAUUAUCUCAAUGUCAUUGGCCCUAUUAUGGGAAAAAAAAUCAAAGAAAGAUAAGAAAAAGGUCUAAAAUUCGCCCCAUAGGAAACAACUUCUUAACGGGCAUUCGGAGAAAGAUAAGAAAAAGUUACCGUUAUUGGAAUCCCCUUUUCCAUCCCAAAGGAUAGGGCGAAGCGAUAAUUAAAGAAAAUGAUAAGCAAAGCACAAGAAUGGCGAGCGAGGAAGCGAUGGCUGCAAACACAGAAGCACCUCUCUCAACAACUCUACACCUUCGACGCUGUAGAAGAACUUUGGUGCAACUAUGAGCAAAAUCAUCAAAAAUAUGCUGCCCCCAAACGUACGUGUUGCACGAGAUGCUCAAGAUCUUUUAAUUGAGUGUUGUGUAGGGUUUGCUAGUUAAGGUCAUAUAUGGAAGGCGUCUUUAUUGCAUACUACACUCACAUAAGCAAGAGGGACGAAGGAAAACAAGACUUGUCUCAAGGCAUGAGGAGUUUUGGGGUCUGAGUUUGCAAGAUGGUUGCCUCUCUAAAUUUUGUUCAUCAAUAUCAGGUGAUGAGCUUCUCUCGGACUACUUUCCUUACAAGAAAAUCAAGAAUGGAAUCCUGAGGGAAUUUUGAGGGGAAGUACUUUCUUCAACUUCACCUGGAUCCAGCUAGCAGCAAUCCUCUCCCUGCAAGUGGUAAUGGAUCUAUCACACAUUACUUGAGAGUUACUAACAGCCAACAUGGAAAGGAUUCUGUUUCUGGAACAUCAGAGUCUGAUGCACUUGAUGACACUUUCACGCAUCCCUUUUCCUUUCUUUUCUCCUUGAUUCUGAAGAGUUGUUGGCUAUCCUUGCAAUGUGCUCAAGGCCAUAGAAGAAAUGGGAGAACUUGGAGCAGUUCCUUGCUUGCUUAGCAUUAUUAGAGAGAGCAUUUGCAACAAGGAGAAUUGCAUUGCAACCAUCCAAACCAUCUGUUUUAAUGUGGCCUCUUGGGCCUUCUCUGUAGUUAUUCUCAAUUACCUUUUUGUAUAUUUUCGUUUUUUCAGCUUCAUGAGUUAAUUGCUGUGAUUCUUGAAAAAAUGACCAAUUGCGUUAAUAUGUUAUCCGCAUGCAUGUAAAGGGAAUUUCUAGAGGAAUACAGGAAAAUGGAAAUGGCAAGUCGAAAAGGAGUUGAAUAGUACGAAA